GUGCCGUGUUCACGUGAUCAGUCAGUCCGUUGACUGUCGCUGGUGUCCACGGAGCCGCUCGGCAGAGAAACCAAAUAACACAUCAGUGAACGCCAGUGUCAUCUCGUUUGUUUUCGUUUGUCUGUCGGGAGUGUUUGACAGCGAAAGUGUGAUUUGACAGCGCGAUGUUUUGAUGUGUCUGACAUCAUCCUGUCUGCUAACGACUGUAGAGACACGGAUCAGAUCAAAUGAACGAUUUUAACAGACGCUGAUGUUUGACAGUGAUGGUCACACGCUCCUCCUGAGUCACACACACACAUCUGACAGACCACAGCAUGGCAAACGUGACGGAUCUGCAGAGUAAAUACAGUAAACUGGCUCAGGAGUACUCAAAGCUCAGAGCUCAGAAUCAGGUGCUGAAGAAGGCCGUGGUGGACGAGCAGACCACCUCCAACUCCCUGAAGGAUGAGCUGAAGCAGAAGGAGCAGAGCUUACGGAAGGUGGAGCAGGAGAUGGACAGCCUGAGCUUCAGGAACCAGCAGCUGACCAAACGCGUGGAGCUGCUGCAGGAGGAACUGCUGCUGUCUGAGAGCAAGAACAAGAAGAGCAAAAAUAAAGGCGACUCGCCGUCUCAGGUCAGUCUCCAGACACAGAGCGUGUUUGAUGAAGACCUGCAGAAGAAGAUCCAGGAGAACGAGCGGCUUCACAUCCAGUUUUAUGAAGCGGAUGAGCAGUACCGUCGGCAGGAGGCCCAGCUGAGGGCGCGACUAGACCAGCUGGAGAAAGAGUCUGAGCAGCAUCAGGCCGUCGUUGACACUCUCAGCCUCAAAUACACAGACGCCAUUGAGAAACUGCAGAACGACAAAGCCCGUCUGGAGGUAAAGGCUCAGACGCUGGAACGAGAAGCCAAGGACUGUCGAAUCAGAACUGAAGAGUGUCAGCAGCAGCUGAGGAAGUACCAGAGUGAAGUGAGCAGUCAGCUAAAGCACAGCAGCAGUGUGAUCCAGGAGAAAGUGCCCUUCAAUGACACCCAGCUGAGUGACUACAACAGUCUGAACGUUCCUCUGCACAACAGAAGGCAUCAGCUGAAGGCCCGUGACGUGGCGGCUCAGGCUCUGGGUUUCGUGCAGAAUCUGGUCUCUGCCCUGCUGAACUUUCACUCCUACACCGAGCAGAGAGUCCACAUUUACCCACUGGACUCAUCCAUCGAGGCCAUCUCACCCGUCAACCAGAAGUUCUCUCAGUAUCUGCAUGAGAACGCCUCGUACCUGCGUCCGCUGGAGGAAGAUCUGCUGCAGUUACAUCACAGCAUCACAGAGGACGCCAUCACCGUUCUGGAGACGCUGGCCAAACUGCAGGACUUCUCCAGAUCUUUCUCAGCCUACAGCAGCUUCCUGCAGAAGAUCCUGCCCUACCAGCUCAAGAGUCUAGAAGAGGAAUGUGAGGCGUCUCUCUGCACGUCAGCGCUGGCAUCCAAGAACCGCCAGUUACAGAACGACAUGAAGAAACUGACGUCCAUCUUCCAGAAGCUCAAGUCUUACGUGGCUCUGCUCGCCGUGCCCAGUGUGCGUUCAGAUGCCAUGUGUCAGAGCAGCGCUAACGCCGCCUUCACCCAGAUGAGCGCGUGCUUACACGGCCUACACGACGCCGCCACGGAACUGUCGCAGCACUACAGUCAGAAGGCGUCUCUGGAGCAGGAUCUGCCCACCGUCACGCAGAAGUUUCGCACCACUAAUGAGUGUUUGCUGUCCUCACUGGCGUCCCUCACCAACAGCUGCAGCAAGAUGGCCACAUUCUUUAGCAACAACCUGGAUUUCUUUGCGUCGUGUCCUGGCUACAGUCCGCGAGGAGGCUUCCUGAACCCGCUGCAGGCCGACGGCGUGAUGGAGAACAAGAGACGUGCCGCCACGUACAUGAGCACCAUCAGAAAGGUGCGCUCAGAGUCCGUGCCCUACAGAGAAGCUUUAGCAAACAGACACGUUCUGACGAGCUCUACGGAGAGCAGAGAGGGACUCAUGCAGCAGGUGAUUCAGAGUCAGGAGAAGAUCUCGCGUCUGGAGCAGGAGAAGGAGCACUGGCUGCUGGAGGCUCAGCUGGGACAGGUGCGCCUGCAGAAGGAGAUUCAGCGCAUCGCUCAGCUGGAGGCUCAGGUCGCAGACGGGCGUAUAGCAGAGACGCACGGCGCCGCCGACGGCCCCGAGCCUACGUGUGCUGAUGCUCCAGAGCCCGUUCAGGACAGCAGCGUGAUUGGGAUGUUGACCAUCACUCCCUGCAGCGAGAGCGCCGCAGAUCAGGAGUCUCGCGAACAUCUGAUCAAGCAUCAUUACGUGAGCCGCGUGUCGGAGCUCACCGCUCAACUGCAGAUGUGUGACAGUAAAGCCGUCCACUUCCACGCUGAGUGUCGAGCCGUCGCCAAACGUCUGGCCAUGGCCGAGAAGACCCGCGAGACGCUGACGGAGGAGCUGAAGCUGGCUAAUCAGAACAUCACGCGCUUACAGGACGAGCUCAGCACCACCAAGAGGAGCUACGAAGAUCAGCUGAGCAUGAUGAGCGACCACCUGUGCAGCAUGAACGACACGCUCAGCAAGCAGCGCGACGAGAUCGACACGCUCAAACUCGCCUCCAAGGGAAACUCAAAGAAGAACAAGAGCCGAUAAUGUGGACAGACGUCUGUCUCAGUGACGCCGAACAUUCCCACACCAAACUGCAGACAUGUGACAGGAAGCAGCUGAUCUCCAGAGGAACCCAUAGCUGUGUGUGUGUGUGUGUGUGUGUGUGUGUGUGUGUGUGUGUGUGUGUGAUGGUGGAAUUACAGCGUCUGUUUCUCCUCACGCAGAUGUUGUCUGUUACUCAUACACACUCAAGUCUGUUUUAGUUCUGCUAAGAAGCACGUGUGAAUGAUUCGCCAGGUAAAUCAGUGACGUGAAGAGGUAAAAUCACAGUAAACUUGUGUGCUGAUUUUCACAAGAAUAUAAUGAACAAAAUCUUCCAGAUGAGAGGGGUCCAUGUGAAUCAACACACUGAAUCCACAGUGAUUUUCCUGCUUCAUUUCCUCUGAAAAUAAACCAUGUUUUUAUGCACUAAAUGUAUUGUUGUUGUCUAUAGUUCAUGAAGUCAUAUAUCACAGAUGGAGAUUAAUGUGCAGUGGAGUAUGAUGUGAAUCUGUCACUGAAACCAUUCAGCUCUUGAAUGCUCUGAUAGUUGAUGAAGAGCAGCGUGAGUGUCGUGAUCAUCUCAUCAGAGUCUCUUUUAUUUCUCUUUGUAUGGAUCUGUUUAGCAGCACAAUGUACUGGAUUCAACCAAAAUCAAGAAAAUAAAGCCGUAAACUCAA